CCUUUACUCCUAAGUUUAAGUUAUAGUUUGUUGCUUGCAUUUUGUAGCAGAGACAUGGGUUUCUCACUAAAAUUUCAGUUUUGCCUCGUGUCAGUCAUGGUGUUAUUGCCUGCUCUGUGUAUUUCUCAGGAGUAUUUCGUGAAGUCCAGAGCUACGUACUAUGGCAGUCCUGAUUGUUUAGCGACUCCAAGUGGAGCAUGUGGAUUUGGAGAAUAUGGAAGAACUGUCAAUGAUGCCAAUGUUGCUGGCGUUUCCAAGCUCUUCAAGAAUGGAACAGGCUGUGGUAAUUGCUAUCAAGUUAGGUGCACAAAUCCUCAAAUCUGUACUGAUAAUGGGGUGAAAAUAGUGGUGACCGACUACGGUGAAGGCGACUACACCGAUUUCAUCCUCAGUACUCGUGCAUACGUGAUGAUGGCACAAUCAGACUUCGCUGCACAUCUGUUUGCUUACGGCGUUGUUGAUGUCGAAUACCAAAGAAUCUCCUGCCAGUACUUUGGUUACAAGCUGCAGGUCAAGAUUAAAGAACAUAGCAAAUACCCAAAUUACUUGGCCAUUGUAAUGUUGUACCAAGCUGGCAAAAAUGAAAUCCUUUCAGUUGAUAUUUGGCAGGAGGAUUGUAAAGAAUGGAUAGGGAUGAGGAGGGCGUAUGGGGCAGUUUUCGACACGGCGAAUCCGCCAUAUGGAGCCAUUACUUUAAGGUUCCAGGUGCGAGGUAGCGCCGGCUUGACAUGGGUGCAGGCACCGAAUGUUAUUCCUAGUGAUUGGAAAUCAGGAGUUGCGUAUGAAACGGAUAUUCAGCUUUAUUAAA